UGAAUAAAUUCGGAAAUAAAAGAUGCAUAUUGAAUCCUUCUUUUUUGAAAGGGAAAAAAAAUUCAAAAGAAAAGGAAAUUACAAAUUUACGAUAAUAUCGCAAUCCCCACCUUUUUGCUUCCCUAUCUUUUGUUUCGUAAAUAUCUCUUUUGCCGCGACAAAUGCUUCCAUCAUCCACUGUCCUAUCUCUCGCCGGAGCCGGAGCCGGUGCCGGCGUGCGGGUGAGCUUUUCCGGCGAAGUGGGUCGUCUCGAAACUCCAAGACCUAAAAAGGUUCUAAGCUUUUGCUGCAAAAAAGGGCUUCCUUUACAACAACACAACAUCAAUUGUUUCAAUUCGAAGAAGAACAACUCACUUCUGAGCUUCGCAUUUGGUAAAAAUGCCGAGGACAGCUUUUUCCCGGAUGUAAGUGGAGAUACUGAUGAUAUGUACGAUGAAUUAAUUAAUAAUUAUGGAAAAGUGGUAUUUAGUAGAAAAGACAAAAAGCCUGCUAGCGCAGAGGUUGAUGAUGAUGCUGAAAGCCUGUCAUUUGCUGUGGAAUUGGCCACUGUUGCAAGUGAGGUUAAGGCAGCAGAUAUAAGGGUCUUGUUUGUGAAGCCACUUGUUUACUGGACUCGAUUUUUUCUCAUAGCUACAGCAUUUUCUCGUCCCCAGAUUGAUGCUAUCGGGUCCAGAAUUCGAGAUCGAGCUGAAAAAAAAUACGGAAAAAUUCCAACCGGAGACACAAAACCCAACUCAUGGACCCUGUUGGACUUUGGUGAUGUUGUGGUUCACAUCUUCCUUCCCUCACAGAGAGCUUUCUACAACUUGGAAGAGUUUUAUGGUAAUGCAACACCAGUUGAGCUUCCUUUUGAAAAUCAGCCACCAUUUCGCGGUUAAGGGAGCCUUUGGUAUUUUGCUAAUGAUGCAGACAGUUGAUGGCCAACUUUUGAGAUGGUCAAUAACAGCUGCCAUUUUUGGUUUGUUUACAUUAGUAUUAUUAUGUAAACAUCCAAUGAGCAUAUCUCCACAAUACUCAGCUUUCUUUUAGCUGGGAUGGGAGUGGAGCAUCAUUCAAUGAGGGAAGCCUAAAGGGGAGAAUUUAAAAGCAUUCUAAAGUUGUUUUCUCGACUUGUACAUUAGAGGGUAAUUACUAAUUCCUCCCAAAAAACUGUUACAACGGGAAUAGACAUUUUUAUAGUUUGUGUAAAAUUUGGUUUCAAUUAUUUAAUAUCAGGUAGUGUUUUUU